AUGCCGGGCAUUCCUACGAAUAUCGAUAUGGAUGAGUGCAUCGAGCGACUCUACCGCAAAGAACUCCUCGCCGAGUCAGUUAUCGAAGGGAUUUGUGCGAAGGCCAAAGAAUUAUUGAUGAAGGAAGGCAAUGUGGUUCAUAUCCAGGCACCUGUCACUGUUGUGGGUGAUAUUCAUGGUCAGUUUUUCGACCUGUUGGAGAUCUUUCGGAUCGGAGGAUUCUGUCCGAACACAAACUAUCUGUUUCUUGGCGACUACGUAGAUCGCGGUCUCUUCAGUGUGGAGACGAUCACUCUACUCGUCUGCCUCAAACUUAGAUACCCCCAGCGAGUUCAUCUCAUCCGAGGUAACCACGAGUCCCGCGGUGUGACCCAGUCUUACGGCUUUUACACCGAAUGUGCACGCAAAUACGGCAAUGCCAAUGUAUGGCAUUAUUUCACAGACAUGUUUGACUUCCUCACGCUGAGCGUGGUGAUCAACGACGAGAUCUUCUGCGUACACGGCGGCCUUUCUCCGUCUAUCCAUUCCAUCGACCAGAUCAAAUCCCUCGACCGGUACCGUGAGAUCCCGCACGAAGGCCCGAUGGCCGACCUAGUCUGGUCCGAUCCCGACCCAGAACGCGACGAGUUCUCUCUUUCCCCGCGUGGAGCUGGAUAUACAUUUGGUUCGCAAGUGGUUCGGAAGUUUCUCGAGGUCAACAACAUGUCCCAUAUUUUGCGAGCCCAUCAGCUGUGUAACGAAGGAUACCAGGUUCUUUUCGACGACCGACUGAGCACGGUGUGGAGUGCGCCUAAUUACUGCUACCGAUGCGGAAAUCUUGCUAGUGUACUUGAGGUGGGUGACAAAAUGCAGCGCUACUUUAACAUCUUCGACGCAGCACCCGAGAACGAUGUGCAUCGGAGCGAGCAACAGGCCCAGCAGAACAGGGAUUCUCAGCCGACCAUUGACUAUUUCUUGUGA